GAUCAGGCCGACAACCAGCUGCCAGGCAAGAAGUGGAAGUGCCAGGCUUGCGGUUGCGCCAAGAAUGCCGCCCGGUCUUAUUAUUGCAAACACUGUGGAGCCUAUAAGCAAGUCCCAACUUCGGCAUGGUCUGGUGAUGCAGCGCGUCAAUUGUUCGGCUACGGGCAGCUCAACGGAGGCGCUGCGUGGGGCAAGGGUCGAGGCGGUGGCGAAGCAGAGCAGCAACAGAAAGGAACUGGAGGUGGCUACCCCAAGGGAGGCGGCCAGCAACCCGUUCCUGCUGGUGCUGCUGCAGCAAAGUUCACCGCCGCGGAGUACGAGACCAUGGCAGGCUUCGCUGAACGUAUGGGAGAUUCUGCAGGCGCAGCAGCCCAUCGUCGUGCAGCCAAGGCCCUCACCGCGCCGAAGCAGGCAGAAGAAGCUAUUCAGGUUCGCCUCAAUCGGGCCCACUGGAAAGUACAUGGGAUCAACAAGCGUUUGGAGUCUGCAGUUGAGAAGUACGAACAGUACGAAGCUCAGCUCAACAAUCAGAAGACGGUGGUGCUGGAGCUGCACGCGGAGCUCACCAAUGCAGAAGGCGAGCAUGCGACUCUCUUGCAGGACUUGGUUGAGUCUCAAGAGGCAGCUAAGCAGCCACCCACGUCUGCGGUCCAGCUUGCGUUGGAGGACAUCAUGGAUCAGGAGCGUCUCGCGAAGGUCUUUGACAUCAGCGUUUCGGACCUGUUCAGGUGUGACGGUGUGGAGCUUGACGAGGCGGACACCAUCGAGAUCGAGUCACGUGUGCAACAGCUCAAGGCGGGGCUCACGGCGAUGGCGGGCACCCUCUUCGCCGAGGCCAAGCAGAAGGUCGACGGCCUCAAGUCCGCCCACGCGCAGCACAUCAAGAGGUGGCGCCAGGCACGGCACCUGCGCCUGGCACUCCGCAGGCAGCCUCGGUCGGCCAGUUCGCGGGCAAGGGCGUUCCUCUUCUCCCUGGAGCUGUUCCAGGCGGAGGUGGCGCAGCCGCGUCAGGCGCAGCGGGCGCUGCGGCAGCGGCUCCGACCACGCUUUCUACGACAGGCGCUGCUCGUGAGCGCGCUGACCGCAUU